AUGGAAGAUCAGAGUUUGGAAAAUUCCUCCGAUUUUUCAUCUGUAAUGGAGGCUGACGAAAAUGGAAUGUUUAAUACUCAUCAAACGUCAGUCCAUCCGGAAAGCAUGUAUCAUUGUUCCGUACAUGACAAUCGAAAAUAUAAGUAUUUUUGCGAAUCCUGCGAUACCUUAUUAUGCUCCGAGUGCGACCGUACUAGACACAGAGGAUGCCAUCAUGUCAAACUAAUAACAGACAUAUGUAAGGAUAUAGACUCUGACCCAAGAGUUAUUCAGUUCAAAACCAGGAUGGACAAAACUGCCUCCAUUCUGAAGGACACGUUGAAUGAACUAGAUACUACAGCACACAAUAUCGCAUUUUACAAGAGCGAGGCACAAAAAGCAAUGGGAAAACAUCGGGACAGUUUAAUUGCUCAUAUUACAAAACUGUUUGACGACCUUGAAAAGGAAGUUGAAUUGUUCAGUGGUGAAAAUGAACAAGUUAAUGAAAGUCUUCGAGAAAAUGCAUCUGACCUGAACAAACGUUUAGACAGCGUCCGGAAAUCAGUCAACAACUCUCCUGGUACAGACAUUGAUUUAAAUAAACUGUUUAUUCGAAUGAUGAAAUCAAGGACUGAUUUAAAUCUUGUUGCCAAGGAAACUGGACAAGGAGUACAUCCAUUUCAGACAAGAGUAAACAGGUACCAGUUCAUUCCUUCGAAAGAAUCUAACAGUAUACUAGAAAACCUUCAUUCGGUUGGAACUAUCUCAAAGAUAGUAGAACGUCCAAAUAAAGUCAAACAAGCUGGGAAUGUCAAUGUCCGAAUGCCUGGUGAUGCAAGUCCGUGGAUAUCGGGAUUAACCUUGCUUUCAAAUAAUCGACUUGUAGCGGCCGAUUGUAAAAAUCGGUCAUUGAAACUGGUAGACCUCAAAUACAACCGGAUCAUCAAGACGUUGACCUCCGAGUCGAGCCCCUGGGAUGUCACUACACUGUCUGACAAUCAGAUAGCUGUCACCUACCCUCACGUUCGUGUUAUCCAUAGACUGAACAUUGACAUUGAUGGUACCUUCAUAAGGAAUAAAGUAAUCGAGACAAGAAGCCACUGCUACGGAUUAGUGUAUUCCAAUGGGACCUUUAUUGUAUCGUUUGAGGAGCCAAACAGUGGGAUAGAAAUCAUUGAUAUGGAAGGAGGUGUCGUUAAAACACUGUGUCAACAAUCAGACAAUAACCCAAUGUUUACAUCGCCAUGGUUUUUGACAUUUGACCCGGACAUUCAAGCUAUCGUUGUAUCAGACUGUAAGCAAAAUAUAAUAACAAGCCUGAAUUUGAAUGGUGAUAUUCUUUGUAGACUGAAAGACGAUCUUGCUCUAACAACUCCCCGCGGAGUGUGCCUUGACCGACACAAGUCAUUAUAUAUAUGUGGGAGUGAGUCAAACACUUUAUGUCAAGCAAUGGACAGUAAUCGGAACAGCAUAUAUCAGAUUAUUGACAGAGAGAGCGGGAUUUUGAAUCGACCAUGGGCAAUAUGCUACGACAAUGAAAAAGACCAGCUUAUCAUCGGGGAUGAAAAUACAGACUUGAGGGUUUUCCAAAUUUACUUUACGAGGUAA